AUGAACAAGGAGUCAUACGACAUCUCGUCCAUGUCGCCGCAGCGCCUCGUAUGGGAUUCGCCUACGCACCAACAGAAACGAGAGAAUAAUGUGAACGAUGAAUGGGAUGUAGCUUCUUUGUUUAUCACUGACCAUCAUCGCACACGUCGCCCAACUUGGUGCGACACACUGGAUAUAUCCCAUCAUGUUACGAUGAAAACAGAUGGCUCGUUAGACAUGUAUGAUUCUAGGAUAAAUGACGUUAUGCAUGACAAUCAUUCGGGCUCUCAAACCAACAGGACACGAAUUUUAUCUUCAUAUUCAGUGCGUCCCGGUGCGCCAAUACCAGUCAUUUCGACAAAGCCGGCGUCACCAUCACCGAUUCGUGCUGAGUUGGCGUCAGCCCUCACAAUAUCCAAUGAAUCAUUGCCAAGUGAACUUCCGAUCCUAGCGCUCACUGAUGAGACGCCUGAGAGCCUAAGUCGGCGCCUAUACCAACAUACGAAAGCGAUCCCGGAUCUUUCUGGGCAUACAGCCCGCUUCCUAAGCAUGUCGUCGUCGACAUUUUUACGCGAUGCCUUGGCCUGCUACUUAGCGCGUUUCCAUUUUGAAGACUAUCCCAUUGAUAUGGCUUUACGCUAUUUCCUUGCGCUCGAGCACCUGCCAAGUGAAUCGCAACAAAUUGAUCGUGUCCUCCAUGCAUUUUCGCAGCGAUACACAACUUGUAAUUCCACCAUUCUCGAUGCCGAUACGGCUUACCUACUGACAUUUUCUCUUCUUUUGCUACAUACAGAUUUAUAUGGCCGGCAUGGACGCACCAGACUUACGAAAGCAUCAUUCGUGUCACUCGCAGGUGCGAGUCAAGUGCCUGCCGUCAUUCUCGAGUACCUGUACGAUAACACGAGUCUUGUUGAAUUCGUGUCUAUCCGCGACGCCUUGAUGCCUUUACGAAAAACACGCUCCAUUAGAAAUCAACAAGAUGCCUUGUACAAGUUGAUAUACACUGGUCGGAUUCUUGACUUGCAGCAGUGGCGUGGCAUGUUGUAUGAAUACACCCGAUUUCCAUUCUCGUAUGUAUCGCAUGAAUGGGCUGAGCAUGAUAUCGAAACCACCGUGUCACAUGCGCCGCAGGCGCGUGUAUGGUUCCCAGUACGACAAGUACGGCGCUGGGUCCCAUUCCCGGGUGUCACACCGAAAGAGCCGGUCGCCCCCCAUCACGUUCGUUUCUUGUACAUGGGCACGGUGCGCCGAUACCGAGGCAAUAGCGAUAUGGAACGAGAUACUAUGCCACUUGCUGGAACAGGACAUUGGAAGACAUGGGGCUUGAUUCUCACAGGCUCGACGCUCUUUUGGUGCAAAGACGCGUCUGUAAUAGCAACGUUGCAGCACCAGAUCUACUCACACGAGCGGCAUUGGUCGCUCAAAGUCGAUGAAGUGAUGCCGCUCGCGGAUGCUUUUUGUGUGCAGGACCACGCUGCACCGCGCUUCCUACGCUUACGCGUCCAGCAGCAGUGGCUCAUUCUGGAGCCUGAGGCACACUCGCUCACAACUUGGCUGGACCAGAUCAAUCACAUCGCAAGUAUCGGCGCAUGCAAACACGUAUGGGACGAUGCCAUAUGGGUACCAUCAGGCACGACACUCGCAUACAAAAAUAUACCAGGUACGAAUGUGGGGCCACUACGUACAGGUGCACUUUGUCAUCGGCAUUGGAUUUGCGACACAUACAUGGAGUGCGCGCGUGAUGCACACAUGGGACGCGCACAGAGCAUGCUGGCCAUGACACAGUACAUUGUGAAGCAAGAACAACGGCAAGCUGCGCUCAUAAAAGAGCAUGAUCAGAGCGUGCAGUACGCUCGCCACUUGGGUAUAUUGACGCCACUGCGAAAAACAAUGCGCGAUCAGAUCGAAGAGACGAUUCGCGACGUAUCUCGCGCGUUGCGAAGCAUGCAAUUUGAGCUCGCAUUUGUCUCGUGCCGCCUUGUCUUUUUGCGUGCACAACAACGGCUCUUGAAGCGACAGCUGGACCAGCAUGUCUACGAUAUGUAUGCGUCUGUAGGAUAG